AUGGCCUCCUUCAAAUUCUGGGAGAACCCAAAUUAUGACAGGACUACCAAACGAACUGACAGAAAAAGGCGGAUGAAAAUGAUCAAGUCCUAUGCUCCUGAUUGGACCAUCACAAUUCUUUUGGCGAUUGUGUUCUUCGCCCUCGACGGCAUUCACGGCUUCCGACGAGAAUUUUCGGUGCAUGAUGAAACUAUACUUUUUCCGUUUGCAGUUCAUGAACGCGUUCCGGAUGUUGCCUUGUACUUCAUUGCGAUUGUGGCGCCGCUCGUCCUUCAAUUGGUAGUCAAUUUACUCACCGUUCGGUCCUUCUGGGAUUACCACUGCAGUGCACUCGGGCUCAUCUUGGGGCUUGCUAUCACAGGUGCCAUCACUCAGUUUACGAAGAUCACUGUUGGCCGUCCCCGUCCAGAUCUGCUCGCACGAUGCAUGCCCAUUCCAGGCUCCUCGGACCCCACUUUUGGACUCUCGACAGAUGCAAUAUGCACAAACACCGACACAGCUAUCAUGAUCGAUGGUUGGAGGAGCUUCCCUAGUGGCCACGCCAGCUUGUCCCAUGCCGGACUUGGCUUCCUAUCGUACUAUUUGGCCGGAAAGAUGCACCUGUUUGAUUCCAGGGGGCACGCUCACAAAGCUUGGAUCUCUGUCACUCCUAUUUUUGGAGCUAUCCUGGUAGCAAUUUCCCGCACCAUGGACUACCGACACCACUGGCAAGACGUCGUAGCUGGAUCCAUCCUUGGAUUGGUUGUUUCAUAUUUUGCGUAUCGCCAAUACUAUCCUUCGCUGUCAUCACCAAUGUCUCAUAAGCCGUAUUCCCCGAGAGUACAACGUGAAGAGGAGCUGCCUACUGUCAACCCCGCAACUGACCGCCACAGUAUGUCCUAUACAGAUGGCAUGGAGGGAGAAGAAGUGGAGUUGGUUGGUGGUAGUGUGCACAAGUCUGAUCCAGCUUUCACUGGGGGAGAAGGGGUCGACGGUGGCGCACCCCGCCUUUAA